UUGAGGUUAAUUUUAAUUAGGUUAUUGUCUGUGGUUGUUGUAUUUUUGUUUAAGUAAGAGUCAGAAAAGAUGUCGGAACGUAAGGUUUUAAAUAAAUACUAUCCUCCAGAUUUUGAUCCAGCCAAAAUCCCUCGCAUGAAAUUGCCUAAAAACAGGCAAUAUACAGUACGAUUAAUGGCCCCUUUUAAUAUGAGAUGUGCUACUUGUGGAGAGUAUAUUUAUAAAGGUAAAAAGUUCAACGCAAGAAAGGAAGAUGUAGAAAAUCAGGAUUAUUUAGGCAUAAGAAUUUAUAGAUUUUACAUAAAGUGCACCAGAUGUCUACAAGAGAUAUCGUUUAAAACGGACCCUAGAAAUACAGAUUAUGAGAUAGAAGCUGGCGCAACUAGGAAUUUCAUGGCCUUGAAACUUGCUGAAGAACAAGCUAUAAGAGAGGAAGAGGAAGCUAAGGAGGAAGAAGCUAAUAAUCCAAUGAAAUUACUUGAGAAUCGCACUAAACAGUCGAAAAAUGAAAUAGAAUUAUUAGAGUCCUUAGAAGAAUUGAAGGACCUAAAUCGAAGGCAGCAAGUUGUGGAUUAUGACACUAUGCUUUCUGCCUAUAACACUAAGUUAACGGAACGGGAGAGAGAAGAAAAACUUCAGCAACUUGAUGAAGAAUAUAUAAAAUCUAUAAAAUUUCAGUCUACUCAGAAAAGAAAACUAGUUGUUGAAGAACAAAUAAUAGAAGAGUCAGAUGAGCCAGAAGUUAAAUUCACCAGACAAGAAGAAAUAACUAAUUCAUCUGUAAUUGAAAACUCUAACACAUCAAAACCAAUAGAAACUACAGCCACUACAUCAACUGUUAGUUGGACUAAAGGUUCCCAAAAAAUGUUAUCCAAAAAGGGCAAUUCAUUGGUAGGACUGGUAAAAGUUAAGAAAGAUGCCAAAGAAGCUCCUAUUUCAACACAAAAAGUGUCACAAAGUGAAAGAGCGGAACCAACAUUGAAAAAUGAUAUAAAACCUGUGACUAACGGAUUAUCUCUAUUGGGAGCAUAUAGUGAUAGUGAAAAUAGCAAUAGUGAUAACGAUUGAAGCAUUAGGAAAAUUAGAUGUGCUACAUAUUUGUAUGAUGGACAUGAAUACUUAGAUAUACAGUGUUACCAUGUCACAUGAAAAACAUUUUACUAGCAGAAUUUUUUACUGCCAACCAUGUUUGCUUAAAUAACAGUGCCAAAUAGCAUAUGCAUAAACUAUUGUGCGAUUUUAUAUAACUGCCAAAUUAAAAUUCUUUUUUACUAC